AUGAAAGUUCAAAAUUCUAAAAAACGAAGGAAGUCGAUUGUUCAUCGCGAUUCUUCUUCAGAUAGCGAUAAAGAAAUGGAAGUGAUGACUAUUAAUACUGAUAGCGACGUAGAUCCAGAAUUAUUAUUUGAUUUGGAAAAUACAAACGAAAAUGACAAAAAUUCGUUAAAUGUUGCUACAGACGCUAGCUUUACUCAUGAUUUGACUGCUGAUGACUUUAUUAUUGUUCAAAUGGCAACAAAAAAUGGAACUUCUAGAAAAUAUGUGACCAAAAUAUUAACCCGUGAAAAUCAAAGCACAUUUUUUUGCCAUUUUCUUUGGGAGAGUAAAGUAAAAGAUGCAUAUGUUUUUCCCACAGCAGAGGAUAAAGGAAUCGUGAAUAUGUCAGAAAUAAUCAAGAAGCUGACAGAACCGAAAGUUUUAAGACAGGGGCAGCUACAGUUUAAGAAUAUGUAGUGGUAGUUAUAUAAAUAUUUAUUUAUCU